CCCGCCCCCGCCCCGCCCCUCGCCGCUGCCGCCUCGUCGGCCAUGAGGCCCAUCCGCCAACGGCGCCCUAGCGCGGCGUUGCAUUGCGACUGCUGAGCCUCCGCCCUUCCCGCCACCACCAUCGCCCUCUUCGCCAUCCCCUCCCCGCCCGGGCGAGGACCCCCCCUUCGCUACCCUCCCUUCUCACAGCCGUCGCCAUGUUGGGCCGGGAGCCGCAGCGGGGCCGCCACUGAGCCCCGGAGCCUGCGAGGCGGAGGAGGAGGCGGAGGAGGAGGCGGAGGAGGAGCCCGGGGCCUGGCCGCCCUGCACAGCCCAGCCGGCCGGCCGCCCAGCCGCAGCCAUGGCGGAGCAGACCUACUCCUGGGCAUACUCCCUUGUGGAUUCCAGUCAAGUGUCUACCUUCCUGAUUUCUAUUCUCCUCAUAGUCUACGGCAGUUUCAGGUCUCUUAACAUGGACUUUGAGAAUCAAGACAAAGAGAAAGACAGCAGCAGCACAGCCGGGUCCUUCAAUGGCAACAGCACCAAUAACAGUAAGGGUAUUCAAACCAUCGAUUCUACCCAGGCGCUGUUCCUGCCCAUCGGCGCCUCUGUGUCUCUCCUGGUCAUGUUCUUCUUCUUUGACUCCGUUCAGGUUGUCUUUACAAUAUGCACAGCAGUCCUUGCCACAAUAGCUUUUGCUUUCCUGCUGCUCCCGAUGUGCCAGUACUUGACACGGCCUUGCUCACCGCAGAACAAGAUUUCCUUUGGCUGCUGUGGGCGGUUCACUGCUGCUGAGCUGCUCUCAUUUUCUCUCUCUGUGAUGCUUGUCCUUAUCUGGGUCCUAACUGGCCACUGGCUCCUCAUGGAUGCUCUGGCUAUGGGCCUGUGUGUUGCAAUGAUAGCCUUUGUUCGGCUGCCCAGCCUGAAGGUUUCCUGCUUGUUGCUCUCUGGGUUACUAAUUUAUGAUGUCUUUUGGGUGUUUUUCUCUGCCUACAUCUUCAACAGCAAUGUCAUGGUGAAAGUGGCUACCCAGCCAGCUGAUAACCCCCUGGAUGUUCUAUCCCGGAAGCUCCACCUGGGACCAAACGUGGGCAGAGACGUUCCACGCCUGUCGCUGCCGGGCAAGCUCGUCUUUCCAAGUUCCACAGGCAGCCACUUCUCCAUGCUGGGCAUCGGGGACAUCGUGAUGCCAGGCCUCCUGCUCUGCUUCGUGCUGCGCUACGACAACUACAAGAAGCAGGCCAGCAGCGACUCCUGCGGCACCCCGGGGCCGGGAAACAUCUCUGGGCGGAUGCAGAAGGUCUCCUACUUCCACUGCACACUCAUUGGGUAUUUUGUAGGUCUAUUAACUGCCACCGUGGCAUCCCGCAUCCACCGGGCAGCCCAGCCUGCCCUCCUCUACCUGGUACCCUUCACUUUAUUGCCGCUGCUCACCAUGGCCUAUUUAAAGGGCGAUCUACGUCGCAUGUGGUCUGAGCCUUUCCACUCCAAGUCUAGCAGCUCCCGUUUCCUGGAAGUAUGAUGGCACAGAGAGGAAGUGACCUGAACUUCUGCCUUGGUCCUUUAACUAACUUGUGGCUUUGUCGUCUCCUCAAGCUGGACUGGCUGGUACUUGGGAAGGUACCAAUUACAGGACUCAUAUGAAAGGACUUGGUGUUAAACAGUAGGGAAGGAAAGAAAGGCUAAGAUCUGGAGCUCCAAGUGGCUCUGUGGCUCCCUGCAGACGUGGACCUGGGGACCCUUUGUGCAACUGCAGCCACUUUCCUCCUUUCCUCACUCGGAUGGAAUAGCACCAGACUUACCUUUGUGAGGGAGGAAGAGACAGACUGGAGACUGAGAACGGCUUGGAGUUGUUCCACACCUUGCAAACACUAAAAAUAAACAACAGUUGAGCAAACUGAAGCUUCUUCAGAGAACCCGUUAUGGACACUGGGACCAGUUUCCUGCUGGACUUCGGUUCUGAACUGAGACAGAAAAGUCUUCUGUCACCAUACUAGGUUUUUUUGAGCUAUUAAAUAUUUCCUGUGGUGUGAGGUUACUUAUUAAAUCCACAGACAUUGAGUGACUUCUUGCAGUAUACAUAUGAAGAAUUGUUGUACUGAGUUCCAUUUCCACCCAGGUGUCAUGGUGCAGUGACAAAGGGCACGGUUUUUAUACAGCUAUAUAUCCCUAGAGAGGUAGCUCCCAACACACGCGAAGGAAGCCUGCUAAGAUCAUGCUGUGUAGCAGACAGGGGCUUGCUGUAAUUUCUAGCAUGUAGAGCAGUGUACUCUGGCUUUCUUGUAUAUGGAUCUACAAUGAGCUGCUGUUUCCCCCCUCUCCUACCACUAAACCUGCAGUUUAAACCCAAGUGUAGUGUUUGUACUGGUUGUACUCAUGGACCUUAGGGGAUACUUGAUUUUGAUCAAUGUAGCAAACUAGGGAGGAAAAAAAAGCUCGAAGUCAGCCUUGUUGGUUUGGGAGGGUGGGGAGGGUCCUUCUGUUGUUUUCUUCUUUCUUUUCUUUUCUCUGAACAGCUCCCUCACAGGUUUUCCGUAGUCCCUGCCCCAUGCAUGUAUGAUAGCAGCAGUUGUCUUUGUGCUUUCUGAUCAUAGUAAUGUAUCACUUGUAAAUACAUUUUUUCUAUUUUCUAUUUUUUUGUAUUUUUGCAUUUUGUUUCAGUAGUGUGCUGUAUCCUCCAUGCCCCUGCCCCUUCGAGAAAAAAAAAGGAACAAGAACAAGAAAAGUCCUUUCCUGUC